AUGUCACAAACUUCAAAUCAGAGUCAGACCUUCAAUGUAUCUGGAUGUAUUAUUAGUUUGAACCUCCGGAUUGAGUUAGCGAACAAGGUCGAUGAAAGAGGCGAGCCUGCGGAAAUCGCCAGUAUAAGCGAGGUGCAUGUCGACAAGAACCCCUCAGUGGAAAACAAAAAUCUGCCGAAGCACAACUGUGAACAAUGCGAAGAGUUCAUGACUGAGCUCAAGGAACAACUCAGACUUGCAGAAUUGAAUUGCUCAAAACUGGGAGAGCUGUACCAAAAAUACAGACUGCGUUGGCUGGAGGAAAACUAUUGGGCAAUGAUCUUAGAGGAAUACGCACCAAAUGGAACGUGUGCUAUCUCUCCUCGUCAGAUUGCAUGGGACACCCCCUCUCCCUUUUCAACUAAUCCUGAUGACCUUGAGAAUAUAGGAGAAGACAUACUGUAG